AUGGUAGGAUCGUCGUCAACUAGCGAUGGGCGGACAGGAUCGGAUAGCUUGAACAUCUCGGUGCAAUCCUCCUUGGACAGCCUCGAGGACAUGUCCAAGGCUGUGGUAUUCUUUCGCAAAGAUCGUAGCGAGUGCCAUCCACACAAGUUCACGUCUGAAUACCUUUCCGAAGAUAUGCUGGGUAGGGGGACCUACGGGGAUGUGUACAAAGUCAGAUGCCUGGUGUGCCGCCGAAAUUAUGCCAGAAAGGUCAUCCGGUUCGCUCACAAAACCCUGCAAGCGGUUCGUGACAAACACAUCAAGGACACUGACUUAGAGCUCCGAUGCUACAUGACUCUGGAUCAUCCCCACAUCCUAGACUAUGUUCAUCACGAGUUGAACGAUACCAAAAUGCUGAUUUACACCGAACACUGCCAGUUCGGCGAUCUUAGUGCCUUGCUACGCGAGAUCAAAGAACCCUGUGGGACAGACUUCGCCUGGCAAAUCCUCGAGGGUCUCGCAUCUGCCCUAGCGAGAUGCCACUCCGGGCUGAAGGCGUCUCGGAAGGAUUGCCUUGUGCAUGAGUACACUGAAUUUGAACCCGAAUGGCAUCCUAUUCUACAUCGCGACAUCAAGCCAGGAAACGUUCUCCUGGCCGCAUGUCAGCAACAAGACCUGUUUGGCCCAAGCGAAGCCUACAGUGGAGAAUUUGUGACGAAGCUCGGAGACUUUGGAACAUCGUUCAAACUUGAGAAGGGCGGCAAAUCCCCUUCCACACAACGAGUUGGAACCAGAGACUUCUGGGCUCCGGAAAUUGUCGAAGAACAGAAACUCAUGGGCUGUCGAAUCACGAAAUGGUCCGCAAAAUCUGAUAUUUGGGGUGUUGGCGCUGUGCUGCAUUGCAUUCUGGCAGGCUUCGUCCCACCAGCAGAUCAACCAACAUCGAUACCAGAGCGGAUUAACUUAAUCAGGCCCCAGGUGUCGCCCGAGCCUGGGCCUUUCUUGGAUUUGCUCCUUCAUGUCGUCAGUGAAUGCCUAGAUCCACUUGAAGACGGCCGGUAUCGACCGUCUGCCCUCCAGCUUCUCGCUGUUGCGAUCAAGUCAGACACUUCGCAUAACGGCCUGCGACGAAGCGAGAGCUUUUGGCAAGUCUUGUUGACCACUGGCGCCGAAAAUGCUGCUUUAGUUACCACCCACUUUGUGACUAAACACUUGCCAUUGCUGGCAAAUGCACAGACAGUCUUCAGUCCCAAGGAAAUCGCGCUCAUUAUGGCAGUCGUAUACUUGUACUGUCCACACCUAAUCAUGACAGCCCACUCUCGGCUUUGCCAGAGCUUCCAAGAGGAUCCUCGGGGAGGCACAGCGUACCACGCACUUACGUAUCUUGAAGCUCAGGAUGGCGGCGAGGAAGCUGUGCGCCUCCAGCUUGAGCGUCUAAGAUGGCCGUUCACGAAAGAGAUGCUGCCCAUGGCGGUUCGGCGGAACAAGUCCGGCCUCCUCCCAAGCAACCUGGCAGCAUGGGGAGGCAAUAUUGCUCUGUGCACACGGCUGACAGAGAUUGAGGAACAAUCGCGAUUGCUAAUCUCGCCGCUCAAAUCUCAACGCACGCAGCUUGAGGUGCACGCGACCGCAGAAUUCGACACCAUGUUCGAAAUGCUUGCGUAUAGCGUGCAGCAGAGCUUCAAUAUCCCCAGGGAACACGCGUCGGCCGUGGUAAUCGAGACCGCCGAGAGGAGAUAUUCCAAUAUAUUCCGAAAACUGGUCACACUCAGCGUCGAUCUCAACGUCCGCGGCGACCGUGGACAGAUGCCGCUCCACAUCUUUGCCCAUCACGGUGACUGCUCUAUGAUAACGUUUCUGCUGGCGCAGGGAGCGGCGAUCGAUGCCAAGGACAAGCAAGGGCGGACGCCCUUGCACUGGGCCGCGUGGGCUGGCCAGGCAGAUGCUGUAGGUGUGCUUCUGUCGAGGAAAGCACACAAGGACGCCACAGACCGCGAAGGCCGGACCGCCCUCUAUGGUGCUGCGGGAGGCUGCUAUGUGGACGUUGUCCGUCUGUUACUGUCCAGGGGUGCAGAUAGGAGUCUUGCAGGCGGCACCAACAAGGAGACACCACUAGAGAGAGCUAAAAAGAAGAUGAAUAAAGAGCUGAUGGAAUUGCUGAGCAGUUGA